AUGAUCCAUGGGUGGCAGGAUGGAGAGAAGGAGCACGAGAAGGCGGAGAGAGAAGGACGAAGCUUAACAGUCCUGGGAUGGCUGGUUCUACUGACCCACAGUGACGAGGUGGAGAGAGGAAUCUCUGUUCUUUGCCGCAUUCGUCCGCUCAGCCCCAAGGAGAUCAGAGAGCGAAGUGAUGUUUGUGUACAAGUCAACUCUGACAACAAGGGAGUAGACAUCGUUGUCGAUGAUUACCUUGAGGGGUACAAUGGUACCAUCCUUACAUACGGGCAAACCGGAUCAGGAAAGACCUACACGAUGGAAGGAGAAAUCGAGGAUAUGGAGAAGCGUGGUUUGCUCCCGAGAAUGAUCUGCGCUGUGUUCGAUUAUAUGGAGAGAAGUGGCGAACACAUGCAGUUCAUGAUUCAAGUUCAAUUCUUGGAGAUCUAUAACGAGAAGAUUCGAGAUCUUCUUUCUCCAGAGAAGGAUAACUUGAAGGAGAAUGGAGCGGAGCGAGGUAGCAGGAAGGAUCAGCAGCAGCAGCAGCAGCAAGAGAUGAGGAGCACAGGAGGUCGCCCCUUAAGUUUCCCUUUGAAGAUCCGUGAAGACAAGACUGGAGGGAUUUACGUCGAGGGAGCCACGUCUCAUUACAUCACCACCGAGCUUGAGGCUUCAUCGCGUUCUCAUUCGAUUUUCAUUGUUACUCUCGAGCAGACCAACACUCUCGAUGGCUCUCGCAAGAAGUCCAAGCUGUUCAUGGUCGAUCUUGCGGGCUCCGAGACAGUGAAGAAGACGGGAGCAGAGGGAGCAACUCUCAAGGAGGCUCAGCAUAUCAACAAGUCGCUGUCAGCUCUCAGCAACGUGAUCUUCGCUCUCUCAGAGGGGAAGGCUACUCACAUCCCAUAUCGAGACUCGAAGCUCACCCGUCUGCUUCAAGAGGCGUUGGGAGGGAACUGCCGUACCGCCCUCAUCAUCAACUGCUCUCCUGCCAAGAUCAACGAGUCUGAAAGCGUCAUUGCUUCCAAGGACUUUGAGAUCGAGGCGCUCAAGUCAGCGGGAGGAGGAGAGCAUGAAGGCACCGGAGGAGUCUCGGCGCAGAAAUUCGUGGACGUGAAGGAGGAGCUGGACAGAGAGCGCAUCCUGAGGAAAGAGGCGGAGAACCGCGUGAAGUUGUUGGAGGAACGGCUGCAGGAGCGAGAGACAGAGUUCCAGGAUGAGCUCGAUGAAUUGCGCAACGAGGUCGAUAAGAAAGAUUUCAUAAUUGCGCAGAAGGACCAGGAGCUCGACAAGGCAACUCUGAGCUUGAAGGAUAUCGCAGAAAGAUCUUGUGCCGUUCCAGGCCUCAACGAGGGCUCUAUCUGGGUCUUCAAGGAGCAGCUCCGGAGGGGGGCAAGAGCUGGCGGCCAAGGGGGCUUGCAAGAUUGUAUCUCCUCAUUCUCGGAGAAAUUCUCGGAGAAACUGCAGGUGCAGCCUGACGGAGAGAGAGAGAGCGGGCUGAUGAGCAUGUCGGGCUCCUACGGUCAUCGCUACAAAGAGUUGGAGGAGGAGCUGCGAUCAGCGAGAGAGGAGAUGACCAACACUGAGGGCAAGUAUCGAAGCUUGCUGGAGGAGAAGAUCGAGAAUGUGGAUGAUUUCGUCAAGAACCGAAUGAUGGAGGCGGAAGAGCUGAACGCCAAGUUGAAGAAGAAAGCAAAGGAGGACGCGAAACUUUUGGAAGCCAGAGAGCUUGAAAUCCAGAUCUUUGAGAAGAGACUCGUCAAGAACACUCAAAGAAUCAAAAUCUUGGAGCUUCUCCUACAGGAUACGAAAGCCAAGUACGAGCAGAUGCGGCUGCAGGAAGGAGCUUUUUCCCACGAUCAAGAGCGAAGGGGAGCUCGCAUGGUCAAGGGAGCGCAUCGACCCAUCCAGGGCGGCAAGAGGGAGUCGCUUCAGAAGCUGAACCAACUGCAAGAGGGAGUGGUGCAGGACACCAAAGACAGCCCGGUCGAAGCUGUUCGGGCAUUUAUCAAGAGGAUUGCAGGAAAAGAAUGAGGAGGAGGAUGAAGAGGAGGAGGAGGAGGAGGAGGAGACAAAGAAUGGAGAUAACGGGCGGAGAUUCAUUAAUGGCAAAAAAUACAAGAGAGGAGGGAGC